UUGUCAACAACACUGUGUGCUCCAGUCUGUAGAACGUCAGCGUUUCUGUGAAAACGUAGAAACGCGGAGUUUCUUGCGGCACAGAAGAAAAACAACAGUCGAACGUUCGUUGUUUCACCGGCUCUGACAUGAGUCACUUCGGCCGGUUUCACGGUUUUGCGGUCGUUUUGUGUUCAGCUCAACUUCGUUCACCGGCUUUUUCUGGGUCAAACUCCUCGAGGAGGUUCCAGUUCCUGAUUCUCUGAGGUGAAGCGUUUCUCUGAGUAUCUAAACCUAUCCUCUGGACGACACCAUGACACACUGAUUUUUUAACCUCCGCCGGGUCAGCUGACUGCCAUGUCGCCACCUAAUGGCCACUCCAUCAACUCCAUCGACACCCCCGCGGAUGACAAUGAGGACAGCGAACCUCUCAUCAAGAGCGAUGCAGCAGUGUCUCCUCAGUGCUGCUCGGCUCGCCUCAACCUCGCCGUCCUCAUGUUCUUCGGCUUCUCCGUGGUCUAUGGUCUGCGGGUCAACCUCAGCGUUGCCAUGGUCGCCAUGGUGAACAACACUGAUCCCACGCCAGCGAAGAACAGCUCCAUCGUGCACGCGUGUCCUCUGCCGUCAGCGAGAGGAAACACGAGUGACUCCUUCGUACAACCUGAUGGGGUCCCUCAGUAUCCCUGGGACUCGGAGACUCAGGGUUGGCUGCUGGGGGCGUUUUUCUUCGGUUACAUCUGCACUCAGAUCCCGGGAGGUUACCUGGCCGGUCACUAUGGGGGGAGCAUCUUCCUGGGUUUGGGUGUUCUGGGCACAGCUGCCCUCACCCUCCUCACCCCUCUGGCUGCUCAGAUGGGCUCCUACUGGCUGUUUGCUCUGCGAGCGUUGGAGGGCUUCGGCGAGGGUGUGACGUUCCCAGCCAUGACGGCAAUGUGGGCUCGGUGGGCGCCCCCACUGGAGCGCUCUCGCCUCAUGACCCUGUCGGGCUCUGGCUCCAGCUUUGGAGCCUUCGUGGCUCUGCCGCUCACAGGCGUCAUCUGCCAAGCACUGGGCUGGCCCGCUGUGUUCUACAUCUGUGGAGGCGCCGGUUGCCUCUGGGCCGUGUUUUGGUUUAUUUUGGUGUCAGAUGACCCUCGAACCCACCGUCGAAUCAGCAAAGAGGAGCGCGAUUACAUCAUCAACUCCAUCGGACCUCAGGGCACGGGUCACGGUUGGUCGGUGCCGGUGCUGCAGAUGCUGCUGUCCGUCCCACUGUGGGCGAUCAUCGUCACCCAGAUGUGUUCAAACUGGUCCUACUACACGCUGCUCACCUCUCUGCCCACGUACAUGGACAACAUCCUGCACUUUGACCUCAAAUCGAACAGCUUCCUGUCCGCUGUGCCGUACCUCGGUGGCUUGCUGGUCUCGCUGCUGUCGGCCGUCGCCGCCGACAGCCUCAUCGAGAGGAGAGUAAUGAGCGUCACCGUCGUUCGUAAACUCUUCACAUUCACCGGCCUCGUGUUCCCGGCUGUGUUCUUGGCCGCAGUGGGUUACGCCGGCUGCAGCCACGUCCUCGCCGUCACCUUGCUCACACUCUCCAUGGCCAUCGGGGGGAUCAGCGCCCCCGGAGUCUUCAUCAACCAGCUCGACAUCGCUCCUCGAUAUGCAGGAUUCCUUCUGGGAAUCACCAACACAUUCGGGACAAUCCCGGGCAUCGUGGCUCCCAUCGUGACGGGAUACUUCACAGAAGAUCACACACUGUCUGGCUGGAGGACGGUGUUCUGUGUCGCAGCCGCGAUCAACGUGGGCGGAGCGUUCUUUUACACCAUAUUUGGCAAAGGGGAGAUUCAGCCGUGGGCCGUCACAGAGGAGGAGAGAGCGGAGGCCGAGUCAAGGAGGAGCAGGUCCAUCUCCACAUGAUCCUAAAUCCUAUACAUCCAGAACCUCUAUUUUAUAAAGACCAAAAAAAGAAAUAUAGAGUUUUUAAAAAGACAGAUUCACAGUCAGAGGAGGAGACAUAUCGGAGGGCAAAGUUAUAGUUCUACCUCUGUUAAAUUUAAAUGCAUUUUAAUACUGGGUGAAGAAUGUGAGAGGUUUAUUUCCACAGAGAAGGUUUAAUAAAGUGAUUAGUUUUUAAGUGUGGUUGUAUGAGGUACUGACGAAACAUGGAAAACCAGAUUUACCUAUACCUAAUCUAUACCUACUUUAGUUCUUUAGAUCGACCGCAUUCUCCUGCUGGAAACUAAAGUUAGUUUAACUCCAAAUUCCAUAGAGUAAAUCAGUGAUUUUACAUCACGGCACACAGGAGUCACUGUGAUUCCCUGCUGCCUCCAUCCAGUAAAUUCAAAACAUGUUAUUCCUUCACAUCCGAGUGUGAAAUUCUUCAAGUAGCACAAACUUACCAAAACAAGGCAGCAGUAGAACCAGCAGCUUUCGUGUCCCUGAAAGCCAAAAAACGCCUGAUUAUCUCUAUGUCCUGUGGUGAUGGGAGAGUGAGCAGUUUACAAACUGCAGUUUCUAAGCCAUAAAAAGGCUGUUUUCGACAUUUUCUAUUGGAAAAAGGUCAUCAAACAGUAGCAGAAAUAUUCUUGAUAUAUAGACUGAAGUGAAAAGUGUUGCCAUGUGUCAGCUCAUACAAUCCCACUUUAAACAAAUAAUAAUAAUUUAGGUGCACAUGUACAAGAAUGUUAUUGUGGAGGAGUGUUGGUUUCUACAGUGUCUGCACUAUUUUUAUUUUAAGAAAUAUGUUGCUGUUGUUACAAAAGGCUUUUUAAGUGUUGGAUAGAACCCGGGUUCUUAAACUGUGGUAACAGAAACAGCGCUCUGCUGUAUAUACCAGGGUGUAAAGUAUAUGUGAGGAAGAGGAGGAGGAGAAUGAUGAGAGAGCAAAUUAUCUUAUUGGGAAUUAAUCUGAAUAAAAACAAACCCAUUGUCUAUUCAGGGCAGGUACACAAACUUUGAAGGAUUUCAAGGACCCGUCUUGGGAGACCGGUGUAUUUUUAUACGACUCUCACUGCCUCAAUCGACUGACGAACGAUUCAUUCCACCUUUGUUUUCUACUGUAGAAAAGUUCAGUUUAAAGGAAACGGUGCCUUAACUCAGACCAAAAUUAACGUGAUUUUUACCAAAUCACGUCCAGGUAAUGUUGAACAUUUUCAAGCUUUUCUUGGAACAGUGUUUUAAUGGGACCAAGUGUUUCUUUUAAUGCCUCAAUUACUUUCAAGUGGGACUGAAAUAAACACUGUCCACACAAAGACAAGACAAGACAAGACACGACACUUUAAAUGCCUUAUAUUUGAUGUGGUGCCAAAAAAGAAGUGUUUUUAGUCUCACUCACUCAACUUUUUUACUGCUAGGAUGUCAACACUGUUCAACAAUGUUCAGCUUCUUAAAGGAAUAACGUGAUCACACAGCACAAACAGGACACUGUGUAAACACUGUGUGCACUGAUGCAAUAAUUUAUUUAUUUACCUUCACUUCACUGUGAAAAUGUGUCACACGCACUAAGACUUUGUUUUAUAGUUUUGAAAACUUUUGAAAACGAUACAACAAUCGGACUCGUUUUGAGAAGUAAAAAUCAUGACACAAAGCCUCUAAAUGUGUUCAUUUAUUCUUUAUCUUAAAUGUUUUAUCUUCAUUUUUAAGUAUCAUCGUAGAUUCCGUAUAGGGUUGGAAAAAAGGGCAGGAAAUUCCAGAAACUUUCCAUGGGAACUUUAGCCAGGGAAUUUUGGAAACUUUCCGUAUUAAAUAGUGUGAUGUGUGCCUGUGGUUGAGGAAUUGCAUUGAUAUUGAACUGUAUUUGCAUCAAAUCUGAAUUGUUUUAAGUUCCAAACGAUCCAUUUUGAAGAUUUCCAGUUUCUUCCCUUUAAUUCCCAUGGAACGUUUCCCAUUUUGAGAAUUACCAGGAAUUCUGCAUCUCUAAUUCUGUUACUUUUAUCUCAUCACAUCAUAAAAUACAGUAUAUAUUAUGUGUACAUAGCCUUUCAGUGGGGGAAAAAAACAUUACAUGCUUCUCAUUCCAGAUUAUUAGGUAUGCCAAGUUAACAAUGCAGAUUUGAUACAACAGUCCCCUUUCAUGUUCAGGGCUGCAACUCACAAUUAUUUUGAUACUCGUCUGAGCUGUAGAUAAUUUAUUUGAUUUAAAAUUGUCUUAUUUUGUCUAUCAAUCAAAAAAAAAUUAGGAUUAAUGAUAUUUUUGUUAUAUGGAGAAAGAUAACAAAACAUUUAAGAAGCUAAAAUCAAAUCAUUCUUAAACUUAAAUUAUUAUAAAAUAGUUCAUGAUUAAUUUAGUAAUCGAUUCAUCAUGCAGAGUUAAUUUUUUGUUUUCUUGUGAUAUAAACUGCAGCUUAUGAAAAUAAUCAGUUAAAACAUCUCCUUUUUAAAAUGCAAAUAUAAUGUAGGUUUCAGUAAUCAUUUGUAGUAGCUUGGUGUACCUAAUAAACUGACAACUGAGUGCAGUUUGGAAGGAAAAUAUGUAAUCCCUUAAUUUUUGUUUUAAUUGUUAUUGAGUUUGGCCUAAAAAUGUGUUUGAAUAUACACUGAUCCCCAGUUACAGAGACAAUACUAAAGAGGAGUUCUCUUUGUGUUUUCAUGUCCUUUUUUUUAUCAGUGAUUCUGAUCAUUGUGGUUAUUGUUUACAGUUGUGGAUUAUUUGCUACCAAAUUACAGAAUAAUCCUGAAUAAUCUAUAUGUUUAUGGGGGUAAAGUACAUGUGUAUAUGUAAAGUACAUUGAAAUGUAUGCUAUGUUUACACAUUUAAAUCUUCUGUCAUUGAAUAACCA